AUCCUGGGCAAUCCAGGUAGCAGUCGCUGAGAAGGCCGACUCAACCCACUGCCAAGUCAAUCCAGAAACAAGAUCUGACUGAAAAGACCUGAAAAGAUAACAACAACAAUGAAGGUCCUAUUCUUGACUGUGCAUAUUCUGGCAGUAAUGGUGUGCUUCUCAACUGCUGACUUGGACUGGGAAAAAUGGCCUUGCGAUAAGCAAAAUGAAAGACAGUCUGAGCUGAGACAACAGCCACUCAGACGGUCCCCUGUCCAAUAUGUCUACACCCCAUAUACACAUCAAUCAUACGUGCCAGUCAUUUAUCCACCAAGGGCAUAUGUACGUCAUCCAUAUUUCUCUAGAGUAGCAUGGCAGAAACCAUAUCCCUCCUAUAUGCCACUGCUGCCCAGUAUCUACCCUUGGUCUGUGGUUUCUAGAAACCUACACCCUGCAUUCGCUUUUAAUCCCCCUCAUUAUGCCCAGCUUCCAGUACCAUCAAGUCCAACCAACAGCCCCACAACUCCCAUUCAGACUACAAACAUUCCCAUCACUAACCCCACAAGCACUAUAGUCACCCCAGCUGUCUCCUCCAAGUCUGCGGCCACAGAGGAUAGCGCAGCUGCUGCAAUGUUGACUUCCCCAACCGCUGCUCAGAUGGCAUAAGGAGGAAGGUUUCUAUGAAGAUAAGGUAAAAACAAAGGGUCCUGAUGUAACUACCUGCUGAAAUGAAGCUCUCCCGAGGCCAUGGGGAAGAAUCUACCACUGGACAGUCUGCGAUCUUUCAGGAGAUUGAUUCUGUUUCCUCAAGCUUUCCACUUGUGCCACAUUUCGUUUCUUUGACUCUUAACAGAAUUAAAACAACUUAAUGCUA